CCCACCUGCCCUGUUAUAUAUUCCGCUCUCUCUGCUUAAGAAAAGGUACAGAAAAGGCCUCUGCUUCUUCACCACCCUCCAGUCGUCCUCUAACGUUGUUUCAUGCCUUCCAUGUGUUACUGAGGGAGAGAGAGGAAGCGUAUGCAUUGCGUGAGUAGCCCAGAAAUGAGGAUGCAACGGAGAUCUACCGCUCUCUUCGCUCUCGUCUUCACCUUGUUGCUUUCGACUUCGUUGGCAGGGAGACAGCGGAGCCUCUUGACUGAUCAAGAAUCUCUAGGUCAGCAAGCAGAGGGGACAGAAGCUGGACAGGACGAAGCAGUGCAUGCCCGCAUGCUCAAAGCAGUCGCGACGAGUGACUACGGCAGCUACGACCCUUCCCCAUCUAUGGAGAAGCCCCACUUCAAACUCAUACCCAACUAAUUAACAGUCUGCCUCAUCAUCCAAUCUAUAUGCAUCUAUGUGGAGUUCAUGUAUAGAUACAACUGAGAGAUUCCUAGGCUUGUGCUAAUAUGCAGAUGAUCUGCAAAUAUAAUUGGUAAAUGGUAACUUAAUAUAGAUGUGACAUAGAGGCUGCUUCUUCUUAGUCAAAAUGAGUUCAAGGUGCUUUGCUUGACCUUCUCAUAUAUUGUAUUUCAAACAUACUUAUAUGCGAGUAUGUUUUCUCCUCUUGAUUUUUGCCA